AUGAACACCGCCCUGUCCACCGUUUUGUUUGCACUUGUGUGCUGCACUGCUCUCGCCUGGUACCCCACCUACAACUACGGACAUGGUGCUGGUUACCAUGGAGUCGCUGGUCUCCACGGAAUCGGCGGUCUCCAUGGAGCCGCUGGUCUCCACGGACUCGCUGGCUAUGGUGGCCCCGUUUACGGACAUGCCGGAUAUGGUUAUGGAUACCCAGGGUAUGGUUACGGAUACGGACACGGACACGGGCUCGGAGCUGGACUUGGUUUCGCUGGACACGGACACGGACUCGGAUUCGGCGCACGUGGACUUGGACUAGGUGUCCGUGGACUUGGAUUCGGCGCACGUGGACUUGGAUUUGGAGGACGUGGAUUUGGAUUCGGAGGACGAGGACUGGGAUACGGACAGGCUCUGUACCACUGA